AUGACAGCGCACUACACCGAUCUCGCGGCCCUGAACGAGCCCUACGCUCAAAGCUUCACGCAGGAGAAAGCCGAUCUUAGUAUCUUGCCCAAGCAAUCUGUUAUCAUCGUCACCUGCUUCGAUGCCCGCGUCGACCCGACUCUUUUUCUGGGCCUGAAGGAAGGCGACGCAUUAAUCCUCCGCAACGCCGGCGGUGCCAUCCGCGAGCUCGUCCGCUCCAUCGUCAUCGGUCAGCAGCUCACGGGCUUCAAGGAGCUCGCGCUCUUCCGACACACCCACUGCGGCGGCAACACCUUCACCACCGAGAGCAUGCGCGACAAGAUCGUCGCCGCCGACCCAGGUUCCAAGGAGCUCUCGGAAGCGGCCGACCAGUUCGACUGGCAGGGGUGGACCGACAUCGAGGCUACGCUGAAGGACGAUAUCGCGUUCUUGAAAGAGCACCCGCUCAUUCCGAACGACACACUGAUCACCGGAUGGGCGUUCGACGUGAAGACUGGCAAGGUCAACCGCGUGGUCUAA